GCAACUUUUUUUCUCUUCUGCUGGCUUGUCAAUGUUUAUUUUUUUUUUGUGAUGCCUAAAGUGGUCGAGCUCUAAUCAUCCAAUUUGAAUUUCCGAUGUCUUUGUAGAGACCCCCAACAGUGUUUACUUGUUGGAUGCUCCUUUUUCUGUGUGACUGGUAUUCAAAGCCCUCCCAUCAAAAACAUUUCUUCGUGAAGACAUCAUAACUAAUUGCCAAGAUGUCCAGUGCCAAUGGCCAUUCCUCAGAUGGCCAGGCAUCUGGAGGCACUGAUAGAGAAUCCCCACCUGCAGAGGAUCCGACACAGUCCUUGGACACAUCCUGCUCCUGCACGUAUCGUUCUGAAGUGAAAAAGAAACGUGUGGCUAGUAGACCAGCCAACAGACCAGCUCGGAGCAUUAACAACGUACCACAUUUGAGUUUUGACGAAAACUUCCGAUUUAAUCAUUCCUCUUGUUCUUUAUGCAAUGGUUACUUUGGACCUUGCUAUGGUGAGCCAGUCUGCUCGACUUGUCAUGCAUUCGUAUAUCCUGUGGACCCAGGUCCAAUGUUUUUCUUUAGUGAGAAAGGUGAUGAUGGUGACUCUGGUAAUGAUGAACCUUCUGAUAUGGGCCCGGAGCGUAAUGCAAACCAAAAUAAUCAAGGGCCCCCACCACCCGACCCAGAUGAAGAGCCGAGAGUUGUUGUUCAUGUCUCUCCACCAAAUGUACCAGUCUCACUCUCAAAACAACUGGAGCUGCUUUGCAAUCAUCGAAAUGAAGGAGAUGGCAUCGCUGUGGGUCUUGUUGACAACCUUCCUCCAGAAGUUCUGCUGACAUUAUUUUCAUAUUUGGAUGAUCUCUCUCUAUGGACAUGUGCUUAUGUUUGUAAGAGAUGGCGUCAUCUUCUUAUGUCUAACAUAUCUGACAUGGAUUGGGAGAAGUAUACAACACUCCGGUGGCCAUUAUUUAGACCAUUGUAUUCUGUGGAGGAUUGGUUUAGAACUUAUGGUGUUAUGUUGACUAGUGCACCCUGCAGAACAUGUGUUCAACAGAUGUCUGCUCAGUCGGUGCCUCCUGGUGAUGAAAACUCAUGGCGCAGGAAUCGACUGAAGAUGGAACUUAAAACUCUUCGGACAGACCCACCAGAAGGAAUUGAGGCAAUUCCUUUAGAUGUCAAGUGCUGUCAUUGGCAAGCCACCAUCAGAGGCCCUGCAGAUAGCCCUUAUGCAGGUGGUCUGUUUUACCUCUACUUACAAGUGCCCUACAGCUAUCCAAUGAGCCCCCCAACUGUAAGAUUUGUAACUCGGAUAUUUCAUCCUAAUGUGUCUCGGCAUGGUGAUGUUGGCAUCGACUCAAUUCAACACAAUUGGAGCUUGGCUUUAACUUUAUCUAAGGUUCUCAUCUCUAUUCAAAGUCUUCUCACAGAUCCUUAUUGUCAGGUGUGUAUGGAGCCAGAAAUAGGUUCAUUGUAUAAACAAGACAAGCAGAUGUUUGAGAAUGUUGCUCGUGCUUGGACAUGGAGAUAUGCAAUGCAUGAUGCUCUAAUGCCUCACAGAGACCCACCCUUCCACUGAAAACAAAAAUAAUACUACUAAUGUGAAAAAUACCUGUGUUGGUUGCACUUUUUUGCAGCUUGCAGAAUUAUAUGUACUGUACAUUUUCCGAUUCUAGUUUAUUGUUUUUUUCAAUCAUACAAUUAUUCCGGCUGAAACAUACUAGAAAAUCUGUGAUAUACUGUAACUAUUUUCACAGCCUUUUUUUCCUCCUCCUAUCCAUGUAUAGUGAGGUAUGUUGGAAGUGCACAAUUGUUGUUAAUAGUCUCAUUUCAAGUAAUGUUUUCAUGUUUCAUUUUAUUAGGAUUUGGUGUAUAAAAGGAUUCAAUAAACUCUCUGCAUCAUCUGUU